AUGUCUCUCCUUUCAGAUUGCCUUCAUAUUCAGCUAUACCGAGACAGCAAGGAGCGAUGCAAAAAUGGUCCGACGAAAGCUUCUUUGUCCCUGGAAGAAUUUCUGGGAAUGGAGACUGGCUUCACGUUGGACAAGGAAAGCAACACUAUGGCCCUCAUCUGUUCCGAGUUGGUGGUAGUUUUAGCUUUCGACAACAGGGAGCUGUUGAUCCAGUGGCAAGUGAAGAUAAGAGCUAAUUUAGUAGAGGAACAACAGUUCCUCGUACAAAUUGCUCAUGUCCCAACGAAAAGUAAACUUCCAUGUGGACCUACGAGGCUACAUCUUCAAGACCACACAUUCUGUCUGGUUUCUGGAGUUCCACCAAGGCUUCUUGGAACGUGGCCUUUGAAGGAAUUGAGGAGGUUUGGUGUAGUUGAAGGAAAGUUUUGUUUCGAAGGAGGAUCACUAUGCGGGCGUGGUGAAGGCCUUCACGUGUUACUAACAAACCAAUCUGAAGAGCUUGCGCAAGCGAUGGAUUUGGCUUCAAAAGGAAAGCUCCUGGGAAAGCGAAAAACACUUUCCAGAAAAAAUUCCGUUUUGGAGACUUCCUCCCGGUUUCCGUUGCAUAAGCGAAGUCAUCACGACUCUGGCUCAAAGAGUACUACUGGGGACUCGAACCGGCCUCUUUUGAGCUCUGGAUCUGAGGGCAGCACGUGCGAUGCCUGCUCAGAGAUCCUGAGGUCUACCGACCCAUGCGGAGAUGACCAUUGUAUUUACUCUUCCAGCAGCGCUUCAAUGAAGGCUUCUUCGUGCAGAAUCCAUUACAGGUGGCCUUCCUGCCUAUCAAGGUGGGGCCAGAGUUCAACGACAACAGCAAGUGAUGUUGAGAGUAUGGAUACUGUAUCAGUUACACUAAGUGACUUCCAAGGUCCUUCACAUUCUCCAACGAUAUCAAAGUCUAAUGGUCACGGGCAGUCACUUUCGUGUCUUUGCGAUGGACAAGGAACAUGGCCUAAAAGUGUGCAGCAUGCAGUAAAUGGUUCCGGAAGUUCCAAGCCUGGCGAGUCAAAACGCACAAAUAUGGAACAUCCGUUUUUGAACCAAUCGAAGACCGAGAAUUGUGUCCUCUGUCCUUGCCACGAGCCCAUCAAUGACUGGAUCAACUCAUCCUUGCCUCAAAAUUCCCAGGAAAAAGUGAUGAAUCCCCAAGAAUGUGCCUGCUGGAGCAAGUUAUCUAUGUCUGUCAGAAACGAAGUUGAUGUCCGAAUGGUCAACGGGAGGAAGAGUGCAAGUGCCAAUGCAUCGCCUUCCUCUUCGCCAAAGAAAACUAAAUACAAUACCGGACCAUCAACGAUGAGGCCCAUGAACAAUUCCAGUGCGGAUUCAGAAAUGAUUUGUUCAUGUGGUGCUAAUGAUCCUUAUGCAAACUACGCUACACCAAAGUCUGCUAUUAUGCAUUCUAAGGAUAUGUCUGCUAUGCAAUCUAACGGAUGUAAAGAUGCAAAGGUCACUCCCGCAGGACCUGCAGAAGAUUAUGACGUUCCUAAAAAGUUUUCGAAUAUGCUCCCCCACUGUGAUAUGAUCCAAAAGACUCAAGCAAUAAAGUCUGUUGCUAAUGGUUCCUCUUGUUCCUGUAUGAGCGCUUGUAAUGUUAUUCAGAACAUAGAACUUUUUAAAAUGGCUUCCAACCAUCCCUUCAACCAUAAAUACGGUCCUACAAACUCUUCCGGAGCAGACGCUUUACAAAUGUGUGCUUGUCAACGAGUGAUGCUUUGGGCGGGAAGUCUGGUACCCUGUCUAGGACCUCAAAGAGCUUCACUCGACAAAGGCUGGCAGUGCAGCAAAUCUCUGAAAGGAGAUUCAAUGAGCUGCUCAAGAACUUGGUACAACCACACAGUUGCAGUGUGCAACGAACCUCACAAAACUGCUGAACUUGUUAUGGUUAACGGGAAGAUGAAGCACGUUAUUCGUGGUUCUAGUAUGGACACUUGUACAAAUGAUGCUAGUCAUGUGCCAACCAUGGGACAACAAAUAAGGCCACGCUCUAGUACUGUGUCGUAUCCUAUAACCUCUAAUCAAAAUGAGAAAGAAACGGCAUCGAUUAAUUACGUAAAUAUAGAGUUUCCAAACGAUGAGAAUGACAGAACUGUAAAAGUUAGCGAAGAUGGCUCAACUGUAAAUUAUGCUAACAUCGAAUUCGCUGAAACGUUAUCAUUGUAUGAGAAUUCAAAUUUAGUGUUAUCUCGGUUAGAGGAUGAAAACAGACAGCAAGUAUGCUCAAAUAAACCACCGUUACCUCCUCGAUCUCAAACUAACGGAAGCUGCAAAAGCACAGAAAAUACACAAUGUCAACAAUGUAAGGGGACGUGCAACUGCAAGCAGCUUUGCUUUCGUAGAAGCCCAAAGAAGACAUUACAACAAGUAAAUGGCAGUGCCUAUGAAAUGAUGUGCUACACAAAGAAUCCAGAAGAAGAUUAUUUAUUAAUGCAGCCUAUUUGCUCAAAGAACGAAAAGCACUCUCCCUCAAAACAAAAUCAGACACAACUCGACUGUUUUCAAAAUGAUACGAAUUGUUCAAAUCAAACAGAGAAAAAUGAAGAACCUGAAAAUAGUCCAAGUCUUCCCCUUCGGCCUUUUAUGCCUUAUUCGUAUCCUGUUACGGAAACAAAUGGUACUACAAAUAUAACAGGAAAUCCCAACGAACUUAGUCGGAAGAAUCAAUUGAUAAACGAAGAACUUCAUUUGAGAUCAAUGCGAUCGAAUUCCUUAAGCGAGCUAAAGAAAAAAGUGUUGAUGAGGAAACGUUCAAGCUCUGUUGAUGGGAAAAACAAUGGUUAUAUUACUAACGAUUCAGGUGCAGAGGUAGAAUCAUUACCAGCUUCCCCUGUAUGCAGCCCUAGGCACCCAGUACACCGAAAAAAUUCGCUAUUCUCGAAAUUAAAUCUUCGAUCCAAAGAAAAAUCCAUGAGCAGCAAUGAAAUUGCGCCUCCUAUUGUCAUGCCUAAUGGCACUUCCUUGAUCCUCAAUAACAUCCACAAAAAUGGUUUACAUAGAUCAGCAGACUGUUUAAAGUUGAAUGAAGAAUAUGCAAAUUCAGAUGACGAAUUGAAUUCUGAUAAUAGUGACUUCACAAUUCAAAAAGAAACAGCUUCCACGACUUGCAUGAAACGUUCAUCAAGUGUUCCUUGUCGAGCUGGAAUCGCAUCCACUGUAAUUGCUUCCAGUCCUGUUAGAACUAGUGGUACAAUAAUGGAAAUGAAUGAUUUAAACAAGGAUUCGACUACUGAUUCUUUAGCUGAUGCUUCUAAUGAAACGGAGGACAUUACCCAAAGAAAAUACAGUCUGGACAGCCACGAGCGUUCAAAACCAAGAGUUGCAAACGGCGUUCGAUCUAACUGUGAUAACGUGUACAGACAAGAAUGCUUGGAUGAGUGCGAUACGCUUAUGGAAAUGCAAGCUGUUCUACGACGACAUCCCAACCAUUUAACAGCCAAUGAAAGAGGUACUGACAGCUCAAGGAGCGCAACAAGUAGUUGCAGUUCCUCUGAUAUAAGUGAUUACAUGGAAUCUUUAUCCUUUAUCUCAAGGAGUAGCAGCAGUAGUAGUGGUAGUACCUGCAGUACGGAUUAUAUACGAUCUGAAGAACUUUACGGGAUCAGAUCAAUCCCCAAACCGCCACCAAAAAACAAUAUUUCUUACAGUAACAGCAUUACUGUUCCUUCUGUACAUCAGAGCCGAUAUUUACCAGUUGAAAGCAAUGGCUUAGCACCGAAUCAUCGAAGCCCAGUUGAAAAUGGAGAUUCCUCUUCAGCUGGUACAAGUUCUAGCAGCUCUUAUCAGGACUGUCGAGUUUUUCCAAGAUCUGCUGAGGAAGCAAGGGUUAGGCCAAGUACUGCUGUUACAUCCAACAGGUCUUCUACGUCAUCAACUAGUUCUUUAAGUACAUCACCCAGUGUAACUGAUUAUAGUUCUUCUACGUCAUCAUCUCCUCCUUGUCAAAAUGUGUUGCAAACUAGAGGCGUAUUAAAAGGCGUGAAUGAGCAAAAAGUUGACGAAGCUGUUGCUUCUGACCAUAAAGUGUUUACAUAUUCCCGUUCGAAAAACGAACCUCGAAAGUUGUAG